UCGGUUUUGUCACGUAGCCUUUAUUUUGAAAUAAACGCAUGAAAUCAACCGGAAAUGAGAGACCUUACUGGACUGGCUUCAUCUCGUUUCGACGCAAAGCCAACGCGGGUCAAGAUUGGUUGGGAACGAAGAUAGCCAGGUGCACGGGAUCAGGAUGUCGGACGAAGACGAAGGCCCAUUGGUAAAGAAGUCGCGGAUCUUCUAUGGCAGUCUCGAGGAGAAGGAGAGAGAGCGGUUAAGCAGGGAAACCACGGGGAAACUGAAAGAUGGCGUCAAGGCUGGCAUCGCAGCUGGCAACAUCAAUAUCUCAAGCGGUGAGUCUAUGGACUUGGAGGAGCGUGUCAGUGAGCGACAGUCGGAGGUGCUAGCAGAGUUUGAACGCAGGAGGAGAGCCAGACAGAUCACCGUGUCAACGGACGAUGCCGAGGUCAAAGCCUGUCUGCGGGCUCUCGGUGAGCCCAUCAUAAUCUUUGGAGAAGGACCGGCAGAGAGGAGAGAGAGGUUGAGGAAUAUUCUUUCAGUAGUCGGGCCAGAUGCACUGAAGAAAUCAAAGAAAGACGAUGACAAAUCCAAACGCUCUCAAGAAGAGCGUCAGGAAACGUGGUACCACGAGGGGCCGAACACUCUGAAGGAAGCCAGGCUCUGGUUGGCCAAAUACUCUCUGCCUAGGGCUAUGAAGAGGUUAGAGGCUGCCCGAGCUCACAAGGAGAUCCCUGAAUCCACACGAACAGUCAAGCAACAGGAACUGCACAAGAACCUGAGAAACCUGAAUAAUUUCUGCAGCCAGAUUGGUGAUGACAGACCUAUAUCUUUCUGCCAGUUCAGCCCCAACUCUAAGAUGCUGGUGACGGCAUCCUGGAGUGGCCUGUGUAAGCUGUGGUCCAUCCCAGACUGCACCUUGGUGAGAACACUCAGAGGCCACAGCACUAACGUUGGGGCCAUCAGCUUCCACCCCCAGGCCACCCUGUCCCUGGAGGACUCUGACGUCAACAUGGUGUCUUGUGCUGUCGACGGCUCUGUCAAGCUGUGGAGCCUGGACAGCGACGAGCCUGUGGCUGACAUCGAGGGCCACUCGGCGCGGGUGGCGAGAGUAACCUGGCAUCCUUCCGGACGCUUCCUCGGGACCACCUGCUAUGACGACUCGUGGCGUCUGUGGGACCUGGAGGCUCAGGAGGAGAUCUUGCACCAGGAGGGCCACAGCAAAGGAGUCCACGACCUGCACUUCCACCCCGACGGCUCCCUGGCCGGGACGGGGGGUCUGGAUUCUUUUGGGAGGAUCUGGGACUUGAGGACAGGUCGCUGUGUCAUGUUCCUGGAGGGUCACCUCAAAGAGAUCUACAGCAUUAACUUCUCCCCCAACGGGUUCAAUGUGGCGACGGGCAGUGGAGACAACACGGUCAAAGUGUGGGACCUGCGGAGGAGGAGGUGCAUCUACACCAUCCCUGCCCACCAGAACCUGGUGUCCUCGGUCUGCUUCCAGCCGACCGACGGUCACUUCCUGGUGUCGGGAGCCUAUGACAACACAGCCAAAGUGUGGACCCACCCUGGCUGGUCGCCACUGAAGACGCUAGCAGGGCAUGAGGGCAAGGUGAUGGGCGUGGACAUGUCACCUGACGGACAACUCAUAGCCACCUGCUCCUAUGACCGCACCUUCAAACUCUGGAUGUCAGAGUGAGCACAGGAGGAGGAGAAGAAAGAGAAGUGGAGAUGGAGAAAGAAAGGAUACCCAGUCGAAAGACUGGUUAACAGUGUUUAUUUUUAUUUUUUAUUUCCAUGUUGGUUUAAUUGUUUUGUUUUUUAAAUAAAAAAGCGGAUUUCAA